GAAACUCUUACCUGCUUCAUACCGCAAAAUGCCAACUGUAGCAGAUCAAUCAGUCAGGUUCUCGAUCGAUCGAAUGGCUCCAUCAUCGAAGACGAGAGCAGGACGAUGCAAUCGGCAUGGAGCUGUGGAGGUUCCUGAUGAUGAUGAUCAAGGUGGCUGCUCUACGCCCAAGGGUAAGAGUUUCAGGAUCCCAGAGGCACUGUCUUGCCCACCAGCUCCAAUGAAGGCAAAGAAGCCACCUCCUCCAAAGUUCUGCUCAAGAGUUUCUACACCUGCAGUCGCCUUCUUCGCCCCCCUGGAGGAGGAACUAGAUCUCUUCUUCCUGUUUGCAUUUCGUAAGAUCUGAGGAAAUAUCAAGUUGUUUGUCUGCAACUUUUUGAGAGAUGCAGAAGAGGGUUCCACACUUCCACUUUUUUAGUCAGUGAGAUAUCAUGGGUUGGGAAUCUGCUUCUUAUUGGUUUCACAUCUUUUCCCUCUUUACUAUUGGGACAUAUAAGCACAGUUACUAUGUGAAUGUUGUUAAGAGAGGAUGAGUGAUAUAUAUCUUUGGGUC